AUGGGGUUGUCGUGGCGCGUGCGGCUGGGCUAUGCGAUUGGUCACGUUUUGAAUGACCUCUGCGCGUCGGUUUGGUUCACCUAUACUCUUGUCUAUUUCAAAUUCGGAGUCGGGGUGCCGACAGUGUUGGCUGGGACAGUGGUCCUUUUGGGUCAAGUCGCUGAUGGUCUGGCCACACCUCUCGUCGGCUUUUUUUCAGACAAAACGUCCUCCUCCCUGCAGGCACACGCGCCGGUGCAUUAUCAGCGUGCACCGAAUGGUCAGGGGGUGAACGGGCACCUCGAGCACACAGUGUACUCCUCCGAGUCUACCAGUGACCUGAUACAAGACGUGACAAUUGGAUGGGCUGCCGUCCAAAUCACGCAUCUGGCCAUGAUGAAUGAUCUCACAUUGGAACCGGGCGAACGAACACUGCUCACCUCAUUGCGGUACCUGUUCACAGUACUGAGCAAUUUGGCUGUCUAUUUGUGCACAUUCUUCCUGCUACAUCGUACUCCCGAUCCGGAACCACCACACACGACCGAAUCAGUGAAUAAUAUGACCUCUUCUCCUUACCCAGCAAAACGUAACCCGGUAUUGGGCUCACAUCCGUUACAAAAUGAUGUCGAUUUUGGCGAGGACGAUCUGCCGGCGUUUCGCAAUCUCUCCCUUGCGAUUGUUGGUGUCGGUGGCCUGGUGACAAUUCUUUUCCAUUUGUGCAUACGAACUUCCGAUGUCGUUCUCCUGCCACCAACUACGGGACCAACAGAAACGACUCCCUUACGUGAGGUCGAAAUGGAAAAGAAAUCCUCCGGGCCAAUCGAACAUCGCAUCCAUUCUUGGCGUGAUUGGCUACGUCUGCCGUUGUUUUGGGUUCAAGGAUUGUUCUACAUGACGGUUCGCUCGACCGUGAACGUUUCCCAACAAGACACAGGUAGCGACCUGGAAGUGGGCCCUGAAACAGCAGAUGAGUCAUCAGAGGACUGUAUCGAUCAUGGUUCUUCGGAAGAGGCUUAG